GAGUAAAGUUACAGUGUUUGUGUACUCUCUCUUCUACCCGACAAAUCGGCAUUGUAGGCAUCGAGGGGCAAGCUUGCGCAUUUGAUCAUUCUUUAAAGUCAGGGGAUCAAACUGACUCGCGUCAUUCGCGGUUUCUUGCCCGACUUUGUCUGGAUAGACGCGUCUCAACUCAGAUUUGUCUUGAUAUCAUUCUCCUAGCACUGGCACCAGCACCGGCAUCUUUUACCACCUUUGCCAUUUGUAGCAGUCACCGCUUAGUCUUCGCUUCCGCAUGUGGUCCGGCUGUUGAACUUCUAUUGUGUGGCUUCCAGGAUAUCGUCUCGUACCAGGCCACAAAUGGAUUCCUUACUCAAGAAACAUGCUGCGUGGAAGGUCCGCAAUGCAGCACACGCGCUGCAUCUUUCCGAACAGGAGGAGAUGAUAGAUGCCUUUGUAGACCUCGUCACUCGACAAGAGCGUGAAAUCCAGAUGCUCAAGACCUCUGCCUCCGCCUCCGCCUCCAAUCCUGCGGUUCCAGAUAUCAGCGUGCCAAUUCAAUCUGAAGAUGAUCGUUUCGAAACUCUCAAGAACGAAUUGGAACAGGAAAAGGAUAUCAGGGCACGCUGGCAAGCACGGGCCAAAGAUGUCGAGUCGCAGAUACAUAAAGAAGACACUCUUCAAGUCCUUGUCCUGAUCGAUGGUAACCACCACUUUUUUGACGAUGCCCUGGUCAAGGCUGGCCCGAACGGCGCAAGAGAUGCAGUACAUACACUCCUCGACGAGGUACGAGGCUUUGCACGAAGCCAGCACAAACACGAUUCCGCCCCUUUGCCGGAGAACAUUAAAGUGAUAGUCCACAUCUUUUCUGAUAUGGGUCGAUUAGCGGACGAUCUCUCCACAGCCAACUUGUUGACUGACGGCGACGCACUCUGGGGAUUUGUGCAAGAGAUUUGCAAGAUUGAACCCUUUGUCACCGUAAGUGACUGUGGCAGCUCUCCCACGGCCGUUGACAGUAAGAUCCAAGAUUUCUACUCCUUGUGCAUCGAAAACUGCCACGUCCGGCACGUCUUCCUUGCAAUGAGUCCUUCCUCGGAGUAUUAUAACACCCUUCAAUUGUACAACGACGAUGAGUAUACUCGAAAAAAGACCUCUCUUGUUGAGCCUGGGAGUGGAUUUCCUUCCGGCCUCGACCUUGCGUACCACACUGCCAGGUUCUCGAGCCUAAAGGCGAUCUCCUCGACCAGGUCUUCGGUCCCUGAGGGUCGCAUUACUGCCCCUACAGCUGAGUCUAACCCAUGUAUUGUUUCAGCAGCGCCCGAGAAGACAGGUGCCACGUCCGAUCUAUUGGGUUCUAUCGAUGGGGACUGGGUGGCGGACACAAUGAGACUCUCCAAGGUGGACACGCCUCCAACCACUGCAAAAGGGUUCAACUGGGAGUCCGAGGGAGGCCACCUUGGUCAGGCCCCGAUCGCCACAGAAUGGGAAGAUGAAGCAAAGGAUACUUCUUCAACAACAGCCAAUAUACACAAGCGGGAAAAGAGUAGCAGGCCCACCCAUCAAGGACAUCUUGGGAGAGGGGGGGGAAAAGGAAGGGCUCCUCACAUUUUCGCUGUCGAGACUAAUGGUGUCAAGGGUCACGGGUCUCAUCCUAUACAAUCACGCCUUGAGCAACGAGGUGUGCGUGAGUUUGAAGGGUCGUGGGAUGAUAUACCCCCGGACCAGAAGUCCACAACAGAGGGUUUCACGCCUAACCACGAUCGUCCUCCUUCAGCGGCCUCUUGGUCAAGAGCUCCCAGCUCAGGUAGCUCCUCCAGGCCGGAUGCUCCAGUCUCACACAUGUCCAGAAGUUCACCAACUGCCGGGGCUGCGGCUUCUCCUAUGAGGGCCGCGGCAGAAGUGAAUGGACCUAAGCUCGGAAUCAUCGGCCGCCCUGGAUCGUCAUCUUCAUCCAACGAGUCGGCAUUCCUAUUAAGUACAACUCGUGGCGUCAACGGACUAAGCAGGAAGACGUUCCAAUCGAGCCAUGUGAGGCAGAGACAACCGGAGCCAGAGCGCCGACCGAUAUUUUCCCCAAUUGCGGUGAACAAAUACGGCCAACGUAUCGAUCUAUCUCUCCCGUUUCCCACCAGCGCCGAGCAAAAAUCGUUCCGGGACCGUCAUUUGACUCACAAACUGUGCAACAAUUACCACUUGCGAGGAGCUUGUCCACAGCCAGAGGGAAAGCAAUGCCCGUAUGAUCAUGGGGAGAUUGACACAAGCUUAUACCUGCAAUUACGCUCGAUGGCUCGACUGAUCCCAUGUGUCGAUGGACCCGAUUGCCGCGAUCCGACGUGUUUGAAUGGCCACCAUUGUCCAAAUGUCGGAUCAUUGAGAGAGUGCGGUCGGCCAAACUGUCCUUUUGGUAAAGCUGGAAUGCAUGAUACUCGACAUUUUGAGGUCGUGAAGAUGAUUGAUGUACCCGAAGUUCGAAGCUAGGUGUAUAGGGAGUUGAGACCUAGUUCAUGGAGAAUUUCGCCUGUCGAAUUGAGCCAGCUAUGUCACGUUCGAAAAGAAUGAAGUCACGCUGGAGGCACAAGUGUGCAACCCAGGUCAAUAUGGAUCGCCGUAUGGACUGCUGAUGCUAUGAAGCACGUCAAUAACAUGCCAGGGUAUUGCGUAAGAUAGUCAAGUCACCGUACCUGUCUCGACCUUAGUUAGGAACCGACCACAUGGGAUCGGCAUAUUGAGACGGUAGCCUGGAGCUAAC